CGCGCCGCGCCCCCUGGUGACGUCGGCGGGUUCUAUGGCGACGCGGUGACGUUGCGGGCGGUGUGAGAGGUCACGGCGGCGGCGGAGCCGGUGCGCGCGGGCGGCGGCGGCGCCGCGUCCCGGGCUCCCCCCACCCCGCGCCGGUCAUGGCGGCCAGGCGGCUCCGCGGCGCCCUGCAGCUGGGGGCGCGGCAGCGGCUGCGGGCCGCGGCGGCCCCGCCCGGCAGGUACGCGGCGCUGUGUGGCGCCCGGCUCGGCCGGCCGCCCCGGCCCGUGAGCGGCAGCGAGUGGGAGCCCCGGGCCCAGCCCAGCCGGACCUUCCUCAACCUCACAGGGCCCUUCACCAACAAGAGGAAGGAGUACUCGGAGCGGCGCAUCAUCGGGUACUCCAUGCAGGAGAUGUACGACGUGGUCUCCAACGUGGAGGACUACAAGAACUUCGUGCCUUGGUGCAAGAAGUCGGUGGUGGUCUCCAAGCGGACGGGCCACGUCAAGGCGCAGCUGGAGGUGGGCUUCCCGCCCGUGCUGGAACGCUACACCUCCAUCGUCACCCUCGUGCAGCCCCACCUCGUCAAGGCCGUCUGCACUGAUGGCCGCCUCUUCAACCACCUGGAGACAAGCUGGCGCUUCAGCCCCGGCAUCCCUGGGUACCCCCGCACCAGCACCGUGGAUUUCUCGAUCUCCUUCGAGUUCCGCUCCCUGCUGCACUCCCAGCUGGCCACCGUCUUCUUCGACGAGGUGGUCAAGCAGAUGGUGGCAGCCUUCGAGCGCCGGGCGGCCAAGACCUUCGGCCCCGAGACCCGCAUCCCGCGGGAGCUCAUGUUCCACGAGAUCCACCAGACGUGAGGGCUGCCGGGCCGCCGCGGACUGUGCCGGGCCAGGGCCGCCCGCCCUGCCCACCCUCCUGAAUAUUUAUUUGAGUGCGUCUCUGCUGCCGUUGCCUCAAUUUCCCUCCUGGCCCCAGGAGCGAGAGGUGAUGCUCCCGUGAGCGCGGGGGCUGCUGCAGGCCCCCGGCCCAUCUCACGCCACGGGAGCUGCGGCCCAGCGCUGGGCUCCCUGAUUUUGUAGCUGAUUUUGUUUUUAAGUUUUAUUUUAUUUCUUGGGAGCUCUUUCCACCACCCCCCCUUUAUUCCUUUUUAAACUCCCCUCCUCUGCAAAGGCCGGGGGGGGGGGUCCCAGCUCCGGGGCCCUCCCGCUGCAGCGGCAGGGGAAGCUCCUGGGUCAGCCGUGGCUCCGGGAGCGCAGGAGGAAGGUGGGCACUCGAUGGCGGGGGGCCGGGGGAGGCGGGAGCGGGAUCCUGCCAGGGGAAGGUGCGCAAGAGAGGCAGUGAAGGGGGGCAAGCACCUAGGGCGAGCAGGGGCCUGGCUGCCAGGAUGUCCUGUCCCCCCCCCCCCCUCCCCCCCAGCUCUUUUAGGAACAAAAGGGAAGGAGAAGUGUGUGGAGAGGAAAUAGAGGCCGGAGCAGAGCUGCUGCCCGGCCCCCAGCCCCUGCCCACAGCCACCACGCAGCUGGGCUCCCAGCAUGGCCUCCCUGAGCGGGGACCGUCGUGGCAGGGACGCAGCGGCCGGAGCCCCGGCCCUCCGCAGCAGCCCCCCGCCGCCGGACCCGCCAUUGCACAGUUUGCACAGGUCACACGCACAGCGGGGGACAGGGAGGGUCGCUCUGCCCUGUCCCCCACCACCCCCGGCCCCUGCCGCAGGCAAAGGCGUCUGGGCUGCUCCGGGCAGCGCCAGCACCGCAGGGACCAGGACCGGCCUCGGCAGUGCCCCGGGCACCGCCUGCGCCCCGAGCCCUCCCCAGCAGGCCCCAGCCCCAUCUGGCUGCCCCCCAUCAUCCCUCCAGCGUCUUUCCUUACCUUCUGUGGGGGACGGGGCUCUCCAGCUCCACCAGGCUAAGGAAACCCCCCCCCCCCAGAAGAGGGGAGGGGGCUCCUUGAGCUCGCAGCUCCCCCCCACUCAGCCCACCCCGUUUCGUCCCCAUCGCUGAGGGCAUCUAGGCCUUGCUGCCCGAGGAAGGACAUUUAUAGGCCAAUAAAGAGCAUUUUCCAAGGGCGAGAGCAGCCUCCUGGUCCUCAUUUGGCAGCUGGGCGGGAGGAGUUGGGCUGGAUGCUAAGCCCCCCCCAAAUCAGGUCCCCAGCCUGGUACCUGUGGACCGACACCACUGGCCCUUCGCUGGCCCCAGCGGAGGCAAAUGGAGGCCCAGGGCCGCACGACGAGUGGGGGGCCACGUCCCUCGGCCACGCAAACCCCCGCUCGGCCCCUCCUCGCAGGAGCAGAGCAGGACCCAGGGGUCUGGGUCCUGCCCCCCCCCCAGGCCCCUGCGCCUGGGGGGAGGGAGGCAGGAGCUGGGUUUGUUAAUAAAAACAUUUAUUUUGCA